AAUUGGCUAGCCCUAGAGACGUGGCUUCUUCAAGUCGCAACGCGUCCGACGACUUUAAUUGCGUACUAACUACUACGUAACUACUAGGUACUGUACCUGCCAUGUGCGUACCACCAGCGUACGUAGGCACUGAAACUAUUUUUUGUAACGCCUAUAAGGCCAACUUCGACAAAUGAAAUACAACGACGACCAAGAUUGACUUAACCAUUUUUUUUCUUUUUACUCGUUUUUUGUCGGUGGAGGAAUGGAAACAUCACUCGGAUUUCACAAUUGCGCAUUCACGCCGCAAACUUGAGAAAGUCAAGUCUUCCGAUGUGAAGCUUUCUAACCUAGCAGCUCAUUCUUUCUCUUCUCGUCGCAUCCUGCGAUAUUCAUCAUGGACCCAACCGCAGAGCUGAUCAUCUCCAGCCUGACGGAGAACCCCCCUCACAUAUUAUUAGCAGCGUUUGUCACACUAGUAGUUUUCGCCUUUUACAGUCUCUACGCCCUACUUCAUCUCAUUGCUCCCAAACCCCGCCAAGUUUUCCCAGCCGAAAAGACAUACAUCACAACUACCCCAUCCGGCGACACCGUAACGCGACAACUACCAUGCUGGCAUGACCGAUGGCUAGCAGACCGCCACGCCAGCGAGACUCGCAGCAAGAACGACGAUCCUACCCAGACUGACAUCGCCGACACCAGUUCCAUCGAUCCCGCCGAGUUGCGCAUGAGUGUGGUGUUUCCCGCGUACAAUGAGGAAGACCGUAUCCUGCCCACUCUAAAGGAAGCAGUCGAGUACCUCGAUGCCACGUUCGGCCGCGACCCACGCCCAAACUCGAAUUCGCCGCACAAGCGACUAUCCCCUGCAACCUCGCGCAGACAUGCUCAGAAUGCCCCACGCGACGAUCUGGGCGGGUACGAGAUCAUCGUCGUCAACGACGGCAGCAAGGACCGAACUGUCGACGUGGCACUAGAAUUCUCACGCGAGCACGGCCUACAUGAUAUCCUGCGAAUCGUAACGCUCGAGGAGAACCGCGGCAAGGGCGGCGGUGUCACCCAUGGUUUGCGCCACGUGCGUGGGGAAUACGCUCUCUUCGCCGACGCCGACGGCGCUUCCAGGUUUAGCGACCUGGGAAAACUGAUCGAGGGCUGCGAGGAAGUCGUCGACGGAAGCCACCGGGGCGUCGCCAUCGGCAGCCGGGGCCACCUGGUCGGCAGCGACGCCGUGGUUAAGCGCUCGGCGCUGCGCAACUUCCUCAUGCGCUCCUUCCACCUCGUCCUCAUGAUCCUGACGCCCCCCGCCACCUCGCGCAUCCGCGACACCCAGUGCGGCUUCAAGCUGUUCUCGCGCGCCGCCCUGCCCCACAUCGUCCCCUACAUGCACGCCGAGGGCUGGAUCUUCGACAUCGAGAUGCUGAUGCUGGCCGAGUCGGCCCCCGCCGUCCCAGUCCUCGGCCACGACGGCUCUGUUAUUGGCAGCAGCCCCGGCAUCAAGGUCGCCGAGGUCCCCAUCGACUGGCACGAGGUCGGCGGCAGCAAGCUCAACGUCAUUCAGGACAGCGUCAAGAUGGCCAUCGGCCUCGCUGUCCUCCGCGCUAGCUGGAUGAUGGGCGUGUAUAGGAGACGCGGGACGUGAUGGACAUGUGUAUGUGAUAUGACGAGGACGAGGAAGUGCUUGGGGGGUAGAAAAGAGAAGAAAAUAAGAAACAAGAAAAAGAUGAGGAACAACUUCAUGAAAUGGAAAUGGAAAUGGAGAAAUAAACAUUGCGUUUGUGUUACCUGCUGCUGUGCAUAGAAUUAACUAACUGCCUACGGUUGGUUGUACAUUACCUACCUAGCAUAGCGAAUAAUAAUGAGUAAAUCCGCUCGUAGUUGUUUAUUUAUUUAUACAGCGCGGCGUAGAUUUCCA